AUGAGUGAAGAACAUCCAGCAGUAGUUAUAGAUAAUGGUUCUGGUUAAUGCAAAGCAGGAAUUGCAGGAGAUGAUGCUCCAAGAUGUUGUUUCCCAGCCAUAGUUGGAAGACCUAAACAUUAAGGAAUAAUGGUGGGUAUGGAUACAAAGGAAGCUUAUGUUGGAGAUGAAGCAUAAGCUAGAAGAGGUGUUUUGUCUUUAAAGUAUCCAAUUGAUAAUGGAAUUGUAAAUAAUUGGGAUGGUAAGGAGUUUAAUAUAUAAUUUAGAUAUGGAAAGAAUAUGGCAUCAUGCAUUCUUUAAUGAAUUAAGAGUAUCUCCAGAAGAUCAUCCAGCCCUUUUAACUGAAGCUCCAAUGAAUCCAAAAGUUAAUAGAGAGAAAAUGACUUAGAUAUUGUUUGAAACAUUUAAUGUUCCAUCAUUCUAUGUUUAAAUUUAAGCUGUUCUGUCUUUAUAUGCUUCAGGAAGAACAACAGGAGUAGUGGUAGAUUCAGGAGAUGGUGUAACACACACUGUACCUAUUUUUGAAGGUUAUUCUCUUCCUCAUGCCAUUCAAAGGAUAGAUUUGGCAGGAAGAGCUUGCACUUAAUAUCUUGUAAGUAUUUUGAAUGAAUUGGGAAUAUCAUUUACUUCAUCAGCUGAAUUAGAAAUAGCCAGAGACUUGAAAGAGAGAUUAUGUUAUGUUGCAUUAGAUUAUGAUGCUGAAAUGAAAACAUAUAAAGAUAGUGCUGCUAAUAAUAGACCUUAUGAAUUGCCAGAUGGAAAUGUUGUAGUCAUUCAAAGUUAAAGAUUCAGAUGUCCAGAAUUAUUAUUUAAACCAAACUUUAUUGGAUUAGAAGUGCCAGGAAUUCAUGAAUUAACAUUUAAAUCAAUCAUGAAGGCAGAUAUUGAUGUUAGAAAAGACUUGUAAAUUUUAAAUCUAAUUAUAAUAUAGAUAUGGAAAUGUUGUUAUGUCUGGAGGUACAACUAUGUUCCCAGGAAUCCCAGAGAGAUUAAGUAAAGAAUUAACAAAUUUGGCACCAUCUUCAAUGAAAGUCAAAGUAGUAGCUCCACCAGAAAGAAAGUUUUCAGUAUGGAUAGGUGGAUCUAUCUUAUCAUCACUAUCAACAUUUUAAGCAAUGUGGGUUACAAGAUCAGAAUACGACGAAGCAGGACCUUAAAUAGUUCAUAGAAAAUGCUUUUGA